UCUACAGGAACUUCUAUACAUGAACGUAAAGAGCAGUAGAUAUUUCUUACAUCUUGAGACCUGGGUGAAGUUCGGUUCCCUGGGCUUCGCAGUCAUCCUCCCAUAUGCCGUGGUGGUGGUCAACAUCCAGGAGCAUGAGUGGCCUCGCCACGUGGCUACUGUGGCCAUCCUGCUGUCUUGGCUGGAGAUGACCUUCCUCCUCUCCAGGUUUCCCAACUGGGGCUACUAUGUACUCAUGUUUGGGAAAGUCGCGUCGAAUGUUGUAAAGAUCCUUCUAACCUUCACCUUCCUGGUCAUCGGCUUCUCUCUCAGCUUCAUGAUCCAGUUCCACUCCCAAGUGCCCUUCGACGGGCCCUGGUCAGCCCUCGUCAAGACCAUAGCCAUGAUGACGUCAGAAUUCGAGUACGGAGACCUAUUCGACGAGGAACGAAAUGCAGAACUUGCCACGUCACUCAUCAUAGCCAGAAUAAUCUUCCUAAUAUUUCUGUUACUGGCUAGUAUUGUACUUAUGAACUUACUCGUCGGUGUGGCAGUCAAUGAUAUCAAUGAUUUAGAAGUAUUAGGUAAUAUUAGGAGGCUAGUAAAGCAAGUAGAGUUCUUAGGAACAUUAGAUACCCUAGUAUAUAACAGAGUAUUUAAGCUGAUGCUUCCAAAGAAAGUGAAUACUAGAUUAAAGAAUAAAAGAAAUGUAUCGCGUGUGAUGAUAUUAAAACCGGGGAAACCAAGAUGGGGGCAGUCUAGAACUUUACCCUCAAAAAUCAAAGAAUCCAUAUUCAACAAAGCCCAAAUGAUGAAAAAACAGAUCGAGGACGAAAUCGGCUUUAAAGCCUUCAAUACCAAAUUAAAUGAAAUGCAUGAUGUGAUAAUGAUGUAUAAUAAAAUAAGAAUGGAAGAGCUCGCUAAACCUAAAGAACCAGAAAAAGAGGUAGAUAUAUCUAAACCUAAGUCUACAAGUCUGGCUGCGCAUUUGAAUGACUUGGAUGAUGCGGUGGAGACCUUGAAACAUCAAAAUGUAGUUUAUGUUCAAGAGUCGAGGGAAGCUGUAAAUGUUCUGAAUACGAAGUUAGAUGAAGUAUCUAAUGAACUGAUGGGUAUUAAGCAAUUUUUGGUCAAGCUAGAGAGUAAGCUUGAAGGAAGUAUUUAUAUUGAUUGAUAUUUAUAAAUAA